AGAAUUAUAUAAGCUAUGAGUUCCUUAUACCAGAUCCUACACAUUAUUCCAUCCAGACUGUCACUGUGUGAUUUGGCUGGCUCAGAGCGCUGCAAAGAUCAAAGAAGUGGUGAACGGCUAAAGGAAGCAGGAAACAUUAACACUUCUCUGCAUACCCUGGGUCGAUGUAUUGCUGCCUUGCGACAAAAUCAGCAGAACCGGUCAAAGCAGAACCUGAUUCCUUUCCGAGACAGCAAGUUGACUCGUGUGUUCCAAGGCUUCUUCACUGGUCGAGGCCGUUCAUGUAUGAUUGUCAAUGUGAAUCCCUGUGCAUCCACUUACGAUGAGACUCUUCAUGUGGCCAAGUUCUCGGCCCUUGCCAGCCAGCUUGUGCAUGCCCCACCUGUACAUUUGGGAAUCCCAUCCCUGCAUGCAUUCAUCAAGGAACACAGUCUUCAGGUAUCCCCUGGCUUAAAGAAAGGAGACCACACCGACUCAGGCCUUGAUGACCAUCCUGAAAACGAAGCUGACACCUCCAUGUAUGGCAAGGAGGAGCUACUACAAGUGGUAGAAGCCAUGAAAACACUGAUUUUAAAGGAACGGCAAGAAAAGCUGCAGUUGGAGAUGCAGCUCCGGGAGGAAAUUUGCAAUGAGAUGGUAGAACAGAUGCAAAAGCGGGAGCAAUGGUGCAGUGAGCAUUUGGACCACCAAAAGGAACUAUUGGAGGAACUGUAUGAAGAGAAGCUAAAGAUCCUGAAGGAAUCAUUGACAAGUUUCUAUCAAGAAGAGAUUCAGGAGCGGGAUGAAAAAAUUGAAGAGCUAGAAACUCUAUUGCAGGAAGCCAAACAGCAGCAGCCUGUGGCUCAACAGUCAGGGUCUGAACUGUCUCUACAGCGGUCACAAAGGUUGGCAGCUUCUGCCUCCACUCAGCAGCUGCAGGAAGUUACAGCUAAACUAGAGCAAUGCAAAGCAGAGCUAAACUCUACAACUGAAGAGUUGCAGAAGUAUCAGCAAAUGUUAGAACCACCACCGAUAGCCAAGCCCUUCACCAAUGAUGUAGAUAAGAAGUUAGAGGAGGGCCAGAAGAAUAUAAGAAUGCUACAGACAGAGCUUCAGAAAUUAGGACAGUCUCUCCAGUCAGCAGAAAGGGCCUGUUGCCACAGCACCGGGGCAGGGAAACUUCGGCAAGCCUUGACCAACUGUGAGGACAUC